AUGGUGACCUACGGACAACAACAGCAGACAGGACAACAAACUUACAGACCUCCUCCAAGUUACGGACAACAACAGCAAUACGGACAAGGUUACGGACAACCAAAAGGCUAUGGUUCACCUGUUGAAUUUUCUCAGGGUUCCACAGAAAAAAGCACUAUUGCAGGAACAGUUUCCACUGCAGCCUCUUUCACAGCCACUAUUGGAAACUCUAUUAACUUCACAUCUACAUAUACACUAGACUCUGCUAAUGGAGCUAAUUCUUAUGUUGUUAUGAUGAGAGUAAACGAGGUGGUGUGUUCAGAUGAGAAACACUAUAGGUGCUCUGUUUUAUUUAUCAGUACUACAUUAGGUCCCAUAACUAAGACACAAGAAACAUCUCUCACAGCUAGAGUUAAAGUCAAUGUUCCAACAAUAAGGAAGUUACCAGACACUGGCGUAGACUCCCAAUAUUCUGUUGGUUCCUCUGUGACCAUGACCUGUCAAGCUGAAGGUAACCCAACCCCAGGAAUCCACACAAAUAAGACCGUUAACAGGUACCAGUGGACGUUCAAGGCCAGCCCCAAUGACAACACCACAGAGUUAUCCUCGGUGAACGGGACCCUGACUCUGACCAAUCUCCAGGAGACUGACACUGGAACGUACACCUGUACUGCUUUCAAUGGAUUCAAUGGGAAAUUCUUCAAUGCAUCUAAUAGCGUAAAGUUACACAUUG